GAGGGAAGAAUGAGGAAGAACUCGCACGCGCUCCCGAAAUCUGCUGAUAAAGCAUCAGAUAUUUGAUCGCUACGGGUCAGUCUGGGGGAAAAUCAAAUGCGCGUAUGGAAACCGUGGGGCGAAUAUAAUACUCGUGUGGGUCUCUUAUAGUUCAGGUAUCUCGUAUAUAAAAACCUUAACUAAUGCGACGUGGGAUACUACAGACGGCUUCCGACGCGCACUGUCUCCGUUAACACUACUGCUGCCUCUAUCCCUGACUCUUGACUUCUUCAGACCCAGACGGACCGGUCCGUUAUACGAUUAAAGAAUGAUGAGGCUCCGUGAAGCUUCCCCACGCCUCUUCCAUGGCUUUCGGUGUGUAGUCGUCAUUGUGAUUGUGCUCUGCAAUGUCCACCAUGUGACAGCGGAACAUGCCCCAGACAACAGCCCUGAUCAUAGUUCUCCGGUCAAUAAAUCCUUGUCCUGUUCCGCGGGGUCCGUAUGUGCCCCAGGGGUCAUCCUGCCGGUGUGGGAACCACAGAAUCCCUCUUUUGGGGACAAGGUGGCUCGGGCUACGGUUUACUUCGUGGCAAUGGUGUACAUGUUUCUCGGAGUGUCGAUUGUGGCUGACCGGUUCAUGGCAUCCAUUGAGGUCAUCACCUCUCAGGAGAAGGAGAUCACCAUUAAGAAACCAAAUGGUGAAACAACCACCACAACGGUACGAGUUUGGAACGAAACUGUCUCCAACCUCACCCUGAUGGCUCUGGGGUCCUCUGCACCUGAGAUUCUGCUCUCAGUCAUUGAAGUGUGUGGCCAUAACUUUGAAGCCGGUGAUCUGGGACCUUCUACAAUCGUCGGCAGUGCAGCAUUCAACAUGUUUGUCAUUAUCGGAAUCUGUGUCUACGUGGUACCAGACGGAGAGCAUCGCAAAGUGAAACACCUGCGUGUUUUCUUUGUCACCGCAUCUUGGAGCAUCUUUGCCUACUUGUGGCUCUACCUUAUCUUGGCUGUUAUCUCACCAGGCGUCGUCCAGGUGUGGGAGGGUCUUCUCACACUUUUCUUCUUUCCCAUUUGCGUUGGCUUCGCUUGGAUCGCCGACCGCCGCCUCCUGUUUUACAAGUAUGUUUACAAGCGCUACCGAGCCGGCAAACACCGCGGCAUGAUCAUCGAGACAGAGGGUGACCGUCCUCUGCCGUCCAAGGUGGAUAUUGAGAUGGAUGGGAAGAUGCUGAACUCUCACGCGGUGGACUUCUUAGAUGGAACUCUGGCUUUGGAACUGGAGGGCAAAGACUUGGACGAGGAGGAAGCGAGACGUGAAAUGGCGAAGAUUCUUAAGGAACUCAAGCAGAAACAUCCAGAUAAAGAGGUGGAGCAGCUGAUCGAACUUGCAAAUUACCAGGUGCUGAGCCAGCAGCAAAAGAGCCGUGCAUUCUACCGAUGCCAGGCCACCCGCUUGAUGACCGGCGCAGGCAACAUUUUGAAGAAGCAUGCCGCAGAUCAGGCUCGCAAAGCGGUGAGCAUGCAUGAGGUACGAAGUGACAUUGGAGAAAACGAUCCGAUUUCCAAGAUCUUUUUUGACCCCGGCUCCUACCAGUGCCUGGAGAACUGUGGAACCGUGGCGGUGAAUGUGAUCAGACGUGGUGGCGACCUCAACCAGACCAUUUCUGUGGAAUUCCGCACAGAAGAUGGAACCGCAAACGCUGGCUCUGAUUAUGAAUUCACCGAAGGCACUGUUGUUUUCAAGACGGGUGAGACUCACAAGGAGAUCAGAGUUGGAAUUAUUGAUGAUGACAUCUUUGAAGAGGACGAAAACUUCCUUAUACAUCUCAGCAACGUCCGGGUGCUUCAGGAGGGUGAUGAGGCCGAGACCCCCGAAGCCAAUCAUGUGGAGACCAUCGCAACGCUUGGCGUGCCCUCCACGGCAACAGUCACCAUCUUCGACGAUGACCACGCUGGAAUCUUCACAUUCGAAGAGCCCGUUACCCACGUGAGCGAGAGCGUGGGUGUAAUGGAAGUGAAGGUCCUGCGCACAUCUGGCGCCCGUGGGGUGGUGUCAGUGCCAUAUAAAACCGUUGAGGGAUCGGCCCAUGGGGGAGGAGAGGACUUUGAAGACUCACAUGGUGUCCUGGAGUUCCAAAACGACGAAAUAUUGAAGACGUUAACAGUCAGGGUUCUCGAUCGAGAGGAAUACAAUAAGCAAUGCAGCUUUUACGUAGAGCUACAGACGCCAUUGUGGAGGAGGAGAGGAUGGACAGAAUACAGAGAAGAAGAGAAAGAGGCGGGGCAGGAAGAGGAGGAGCUACUGACAGGCGAAGAAGAACGGCGCAUUGCUGACAUGGGAAAGCCAAUGCUCGGAGACCACGCCAAGCUUGAAAUCAUCAUUGAGGAAUCUUAUGAAUUUAAGAACACAGUUGAUAAGCUAAUAAAAAAGACAAACUUGGCUCUUCUGGUUGGCACCAACAGCUGGAGGGAUCAGUUCAUUGAGGCCAUCACAGUGAGCGCUGGCGAGGACGACGACGAAGAAGAAUGCGGAGAGGAGAAGCUUCCUUCCUGUUUCGAUUACGUCAUGCAUUUCCUCACCGUCUUCUGGAAAGUUCUCUUCGCCUUCGUCCCGCCCACCGACUACUGGAACGGUUGGGCCUGUUUCGUGGUGUCUAUCAUGAUGAUUGGCCUUCUGACAGCUUUCAUAGGAGAUCUGGCAUCCCACUUUGGUUGCACCGUCGGGCUGAAGGACUCCGUCACCGCUGUUGUGUUCGUGGCAUUGGGCACUUCGGUUCCAGACACCUUUGCUAGUAAAGUGGCUGCGAUCCAGGACCAGUACGCCGACGCGUCCAUCGGAAACGUGACGGGCAGCAACGCCGUGAACGUGUUCUUGGGCAUCGGAGUGGCGUGGUCCAUCGCCGCCAUCUACCACAACUCCAAGGGCCGCGAGUUCCGAGUGCAGCCGGGCAGCCUGGCGUUCUCCGUCACCCUCUUCACCAUCUUCGCCUUCAUCUGCGUGGCGGUGCUCAUGUACCGCCGCCGGCCCGACAUCAAUGGCGAGUUGGGGGGUCCGCGGACUGCUAAAGUGCUGACCACCAUGCUUUUCGUCAGCCUCUGGCUCCUCUACAUUCUGUUCUCCUCUCUGGAGGCAUACUGCCACAUCAAGGGCUUCUAAACACGCACUCGCACACACAUGCACACUCAGAACUACACUAUUUCACGCAGUGACACACACGUUCAUGCAUAAAGAUCAUAAGAAUGAAGACUAUACACAGCUGAGGAAGGCAACAGCGGAGGACCCGGUUUUGGGUUGAUGCGGAUAAUAUCCGCAAACCAUAGGCCAGUUUUUUGUUUUGUCCACACGCCACUUCUACAUCAUCAUCUUUUUUUUGUUUAUUGUGUUUUGAAUGACGGCAUCUGAUAGGACGGUCUUUCCACAGUGUGGAUCACAGCGUAUAGACUAUGACAGCUUGCUACCUUUAACUACUGUAGAUGUGCUAUUUAAGUCGAAACCAGACAGCAGACGCUGGCCUGCGGAGCAACCUGGAAUCUGUAAGCUCAUGGAUUUCUGGGUAAUGUAGUUCAGUGGCUUUUUUCUGUGUUUUUUGCUUUGUUUUGAGUGAGCCGUAAUGCACUUUGCCUGUGUGAUAGAGAUGCAGGCUUCUAGAAUCUGUAGACACAUUUUUCAUUGUUUUCGGAGUGGUCGUAACGUCUUGGAGAUUUUCACAAUAAGCUUAAUGUCGCUUUCAAGAGCAGCUCCUAGGGACUAGUUCCUGUGAAGGCCAGUUUUUAUCACCGUUAACUUUUUUGCAUUCAACAGCUGAGAUAAGUACAAGAUUUAGAAGAGUUCAGUAGAGAACGAUCUAAUCUCUCCUAGCACUAAGCUUUAGAGACCAGAGAUGCACCGGUGCAUUUCAGUUAAGAGCCCUGAAAUGACAGCCAGAAGGAUUGUGAGGUGCUAUUGAGAGCUUUGGAGACACAUUGAUUUUUAUCUAAUAGCGUGAAUAUUUCGACAUACUGCAGUUUGUUAAAGAUUGGAUUCAUUUAUGCAAGCACUGUUGACUGAUGGAAAACCUGUGAGGUCAGUAUAAAGUGAGAUAUCUAUCUCUAACAGUUCAAUUAAAUGGCUAUCAAAGGCUUUUGUCAACAUCACAUCAAGAGUUUACAAUGAAGACUGUUACUUUAUGUCUAAACGUACACACACUACACAAACGUACACUACACUUUCAUGUUUUUCCAACGCGCAGUCAUACACAUGCAAGCAUGCGGAAGUGGUAGUCUUUGCUUGACAAACUUGCUAGAUAUACCGUACGGUCAGACACACACACACUCAUCUAAGUGGAGUUUACGAGGGCUCUCCCUCCACCCCGGCCGAGAGCGCUUCUUUGUACUUUGUAGAUUCGCUGCAUAUGAAGCUGUAAGGUAUCGUAGAGUAGCGGUUUUAGACAUAAGUCGUUUUUUUAAGGCAGAAAUCGUAGAACCUGAAUUUGACUCUAAACAAUAGCAUGGGCCCAACAUAAAUCAUAAAAUCUGACCCGUUUCCUAAAGUAGCUUUGGCUUAAAUUUUGAAAUGAGAAUUUUUCACACUCCUUUCCAAAGUUAGAUUCAUUGAGCCAAGUCAAAAAAGUAAUGUGUACUUAAUGGGGCGCAGUAGAUGUGACGUCCACAUAUUGGGCUCCAUCUAUUGUGUAGGGAAUUUGCUAAAGGGAAGGAUUUUUCUCAUGGAGAACCGUGCCACAGCCCCUGAAGUAGGUUUUGUAUCUGAAAUCGUAUGUUGUUUUUACCCACACCAACAUGUACUUGCAAGGAUUAAGAGGCCUUGGUCACAUUUCUUAUGGGUGUUUAUAUCUAAUUCAAGGGACCUCCGCCUCUUUCACUGCAUAAGAACAGCAACUUUUCUUGUGAUGGAGCGUCUCGGGUGUUUUGAAAUGUGUAGCUUGAUUUUGAAAAAGAAUAGCUGAAUGCCUGUUUUGCUUUAGUUUUGUUUGUUUUACAUGUUUUAAUGAAAGGAAGCUAUUGUACCAGCUCCAGGGCUUUCCGUUAGGAAACCUCAAUGAUCUUCAGUACUUGAUGAAGACGGCCUGCUGUUGCUUGCUAAUUCUAAGCUCCACCAGAACGACACUACAAACGAAAAACAAUCAAUAUAAAAACACACACAGACGUUUUCCUGAAGCCUAAUAUCUAUUUAACCAAUAAACAAAAAAAGGAAAAUGGGGUUUGGUGAAACCAUGUGAAUUACAGCCAUACUCUUAAGGUCUGCCUAGAAGACUUUCACGAACUCUCGCCGUGCGUGCUGCCUGCUGGCACUGAGCUGGAGGCGUGUCUACACUCACGGGCGUGUCCGACGUACAAGGCGUUCGAACUGUACAUGGUCUCUAUGGUUUAUACUGUAUAUGUAUUUGCUGGGGGUCGACAAUUGUACGUCUGUGCUCUGCGGUUAUGGGUGUGUCUGUAAAUCGGGGCGUGACUGCAUUCGCCCCUGUGAAACAUAGCCCCUCCCCUAUGCCCCACCCCUUGUUUGCCAUGUCCAUAUUUGGAAUGUUAAUGUGCUUCGUGUUGACAAUGCAUGGAUGCUAACCUGUCUGUAUAUAGUACGCAGAAUUUCCUUCAUUAAUGUAGUCGACAGAGGUUUGAAAGCUGUAUAAAUAUUCUGAUGUUUGUUUGUUUGCUUGUUUUUCUUUUUAAUAAGUUUCAUUUGAAUGUGUUUGUUUUUUCUUUUGAUUAUUUUGAACUUGCACAUGUAUAAUAAAAAGGCAGUAUCUGUCGUUGAAUACCAGCGCACAGUUGCAUGACCACAUGUACAAACAUAGGAAGCAAUAUAUCUUGGUUGUUGCUGUGGUUAUAUUAUUUAACAGUAUAAAAUAGUUUGUCACUAAAGAGUUCAGAUGUGUAUGUAUAUACUGUACAGCAGAGUGAAGACUGGCAUUAUUACAAGAGAGAGAAUACAACAUAUUUAUUCGAGACCUUUACGAACAUGAGAAUGACAAAUAUUGCCUUUUGGAUUGAUUGUUGCAGAGCUUUGUUUGUUCUGUUUUAUCUUUGCUGAGCAGUGUGUGCGGCUGUAUAUGUGUGUGUACCUGGACCGGAGCAGUGUGUGGUAUCGGUAAGAUUUAAGGGAACAAAAAAAACAUUUUGUGUUUGCUCUGAGUCUGUGAACCAUCUGGAGAACGUCUGUAAACGUUAGGAGAACGUGUGUGAAACGUCAGGUUAACGUUUGCUUCAUGUAUGUCUUACAUUCCUCUACUCCCCCCUUCUCCUCACUGCUCAGAUGGACUGUAGUUUUUCAGGGGUUUAAUACUAAUCUUUGAUCAUAUUAUUUCUUCUUCUCCCUCUCUCUCUCUCUCUCUCUCAAAUCCAAGGCCUCAUGAACAUGUUGCAUUAAUGUGGCCAGUGCUGAAACUACAUAGGCUGUGUGUUGUAAAAACCGCAGAAGUGUAUAUGUGUGAAGAAUUUCUUUAGUUAGCGUGUAUACUGUAUGUGUGUAUAUGAGUACAUGUCACUUAUUUAUAAUGAAUAAUAUGUAUAAAGGUUUGCGAAAACAUCUAAACAACGGCCGAAAGCUCUCACGCCAAAGCAGGACCGAAUGUAUUGUCUGUCCGUGUAAUAGCUGGACUAAAUGAAGGAAGUUUUAUUAUAUUAUCUGUCUUGCACAGAUGGAGGGGCUCGAGUCAUUGUUUGUGUACAAUCGACAUACGCUAAUGCUGUGAGUCAUGUUAAUGCAAAGUGUGUGUGGCCUUAGUGUGUCUUACACGCUCAUAAGCUUAUUAAAGCUUUCUCUAUUGUCCUGCUCAACUUCGCUCUCUCUUUCUCUCUAUCUCUCUCUCUCGUCUCUUCUUUAUUUUCUGUUGCACUUUUUGCUGUUUCGUUUUUGAUUGUUAGGUUGUUUUAAUUUCAAACUGAAUAAUUGACAUUUUUGGGUUUGUUUUUGUUUUGACUUAUUUGAGUUGUUUGUGUUGCACUCAAUCUAAUAAGAUGGACGUCCACUAACUGUGAUUGCUCCCUUAGUACACCUCUACACAGGAAAUAAAGUUUGGGAUAUCCUGUUUAGA